AAUCAUUACCGUCUUUCCGUUCAGGAUUCCCUCCCUCUUUCGCGUCUGAAACGCGAGUCAAACGUGACUCGCCUUUGUGGAGUUCUUGUGGAGGAGUCCUUGCAGGGAGGAGUGGUCUGGACCGCUUGUGUACUUCAAGUUCGACGUCGCCUUGAAUGCAGCACCGUAGCAGAACACCACAAAACGUAGCAGGACAGAGCACAACGUCGGGCCGUAGCGUCUUUGGUUUAUCCAAACUUGAGUCAGCUAUGUCGGGUCUUUAAUCGCCGUGACUGAGACGCAGCGACUGCAGACGGGGUAAAAGCGCAGUCUCUUCCCGCCUCGACCACUGGGCCACCCAGCCUCCCUCCAAACAUGUCAGCGCAGGCCAAAGUGAAGAAGGACAAAGAGAUCAUUGCCGACUAUGAAAGCCAAGUGAAAGAGAUCCGUAACCAACUGGUGGAGCAGUUCCGUUGUUUGGAGCAGCAGUCGGAAUCCCGCCUGCAGCUACUGCAGGACCUGCAGGACUUCUUCCGCCGGAAGGCUGAGCUUCAAUUGGAGUUCUCCAGAGGCUUGGACAAACUUGCGGAGCGCUACUCGUCUAAGAUCCGCACUUCCAGAGAGCACCAGCAUUUCAAGAAGGAUCAAAAUCUCCUGUCCACUAUCAAUUGCUGGUAUUUGGUCCUGGACCAGACCCGGCGGGAGAGCAGAGACCAUGCCACACUCAGUGACAUCUACAACAACAACGUCAUUGUCCGUCUGACACACGUGGGCGACGAUGUCCUCAGACUUUUCAAAAAGAGCAAAGACAUCGGGGUGCAGAUGCAUGAGGAGCUGGUGAAGGUCACCAAUGAGCUCUACACAGUCAUGAAGACAUACCACAUGUACCACACGGAAAGCAUCAGUGCCGAGGGCAAGCUGAAGGAGGCCGAGAAGCAGGAAGAGAAGCACAUCGGCAAGGCCAAUGACAUUAGCUCCGCCUUAAUGCGAUACGGUCAUGACGAACGGCCACAGCGGCGGAGCUCUGUGAAGAAGAUGGAGAAAAUGAAAGAGAAAAGACAAGCCAAGUAUUCUGAAAACAAACUCAAAUGUACAAAGGCCCGCAAUGAUUAUCUCCUCAAUCUGGCAGCCACUAAUGCUUUGGUGGCGAAAUACUAUAUCCACGAUGUAUCUGACCUGAUAGAUUGUUGUGACUUGGGGUACCACGCAAGCCUGACACGGACCCUGAGAACCUACCUGUCGGCCGAAUACAGCCUGGAGACGUCUCGCCACGAGGGUUUGGACGUUUUAGAAGGAGCGGUGGAUGCCAUGGACCUCCGUGGGGACAAGCACAAAUUCAUGGAUGCACACAGUCAAAUGUUCUGUCCACCUGCACGCUUUGACUAUCAGCCACACAUGGGGGACGAGGUGUGCCAGGUGAGCGCGCAGCAGCCAGUCCAGACGGAACUCUUGAUGCGUUACCAGCAGCUUCAGACUCGCCUGGCGACGCUCAAGAUUGAGAACGAAGAGGUGCGGAAGACUCUGGACGCCACCAUGCAGACCCUUCAGGACAUGCUCACAGUUGAAGACUUUGAUGUAUCCGAAGCCUUCCAGCACAGUCAGUCCACCGAGUCGGUCAAGUCAGCUUCGUCUGACUCCUACAUGAGCAAGGCCAAUAUCUCUAAGAGAAGAGCCAAUCAGCAAGAGACUGAGGGCUUCUAUUUUACUAAAUACAAAGAGUACUUGAAUGGCAGCAAUCUUAUUGUGAAGCUCCAGGCCAAGCAUGAUCUUCUGAAGCAGACAUUGGGAGAAGGAGAGAGGGCCGAAUAUGGAACAACCAGGCCCCCAAUACUUCCCCCUAAACCCCAGAGAAUGCGGAAGUCUAGACCUCGCUCCAUUUUUAGGCAUAAGCUGUUUAACGGCAGUAUGGAGGCCUUCAUCCAGGACUCAGGACAGCCAAUACCAGUGGUGGUUGAGAGUUGCGUCCGAUACAUCAAUCUCUACGGUCUUCAGCAGCAAGGUAUAUUUCGUGUCCCAGGAUCCCAGGUGGAAGUCAACGACAUUAAAAAUGCAUUUGAAAGAGGAGAAGAUCCGCUCGUGGAUGAUCACUCGGAUCAUGACAUCAACUCUGUGGCCGGCGUUCUUAAACUCUACUUCAGGGGUCUGGAGAAGCCGCUGUUCCCUAAAGAACAUUUCCUUGACCUCAUAUCCACUACGAAGCUGGACUUUGGUUCUGACAGAGCUCAUCACCUACAGCAGAUUGUUGCAACUCUCCCGCAGUCUGUGGUUGUCGUCAUGAGAUACCUUUUUGCCUUUCUAAAUCAUCUAUCUCAGUACAGUGACGAAAACAUGAUGGACCCUUACAACCUGGCUAUUUGCUUUGGCCCCACACUGAUGCCGAUACCUGAGGACCAGGAUCCUGUGGCCUGUCAGGCGCAUGUUAACGAGGUCAUUAAGACCAUUAUCAUCCACCACGAGGCCAUUUUCCCAGCUCAGCGUGAGAUGGAGGGACCUGUGUAUGAGAAGUGCAUGGCCGGAGGCGAGGAAUACUGUGAGAGUCCACACAGUGAUGCUGGCGCUCUUGAUGAGGUCGACAACGGUACUGGACCAAACACUAGUGAUGAUGAGCUGGAGCAGAUAGAAGCCAUUGCGAAAUUUGACUACGUAGGCCGAAGUCCUAGAGAGCUUUCCUUCAAGAAAGGCGCCUCGCUUUUGCUCUACCUGCGAGCUUCUGAAGACUGGUGGGAGGGACGGCAUAACGGUGUAGACGGCCUCAUUCCGCACCAAUACAUUGUGGUGCAGGACAUAGAUGACGCAUUUUCGGAAAGCAUUCAAAGGACUGACAGUGAAACCAGCAGUGGAUACCACGAGGAACGAUCCUCAUCCAGGCAUGAGCAUCAGUCUUUAUCGGAACACCCUCUAGAACGCCGCUAUGGGGCACCAAUGGCAAGGCCUAGAGUACGUUCAGAUGGAGCUCCGCUUCACCGUCACAGAAACGGCGACAACCACAGCCCCACCAGAUCUGCCGACGGGCCACCGAGAGUCGCGCCUCGGCCCUGCAGCCCUCACAAAAUGGCGGUGAGCAGGGGUCCCACAGACAGUCCGGAAAAGCGUCGACUUGCUACCUUUGGGGCUGCCGGACACCCUCAACGGUCAUCUCCCGGCACAACUCGGCAUACAAAUGUGGGAGAUCACAAAACCCUGGAGGCGGAAGCACUCGCUGAGGACAUAGAGAAAACGAUGAACACAGCCCUCCAUGAGCUGUGUGAGCUGGAGCGACAGAAUGUUGCCAAGCAUGCCCCCGAUGUGGUCCUGGACACGCUGGAGCCUCUCAAACACCCCAGCGGCAGCCAGGACGUACCCGGAAGUCCCCUGCACACCAUGGUCAUCAGAGAUCCCGAGGCUGCCCAGCGGCGAAGCAGCAGCAGCUCCUCCUCUGAAACCAUGACCACUUUCAAACCCGCCCUGGCCGCACGCAGGCCCAACGCGCCCGUCAGGCCGCCACCUGUCAGACCGGUCCGGCCGGCUCCUGUUCUCACGCAGGGCCAGGGCCCGCACCGUUCCAGCAGCUCCAGUUCGUCAGGUCUAGGCAGUCCAGGCAUGACUCCCACUGACAGGGUUUUUCCCAAAGCUCCUUCACCUUCACCGUCCACUUCCUCCUCCUCCUCAGACAAACAGGGUAACAUGUAGUAGCAUUGGUCAGACACAAGCCAAGUAAUAGAGAACAGUGUCUGAUCGCCUUCACUCAACCGAAACAGCAGCAAAUCUUGUUGAUCUCUCCACCUGCUGGUUUUUGUCAAAUCUUCACUCACACCUUGGCUUAAACAGUUAAUGUUACACUUUCUUAGCAUAGACUCUGAAUUUUAAAAUGGAUGCACUGGAAAUCCUUGUGUUCACCAAUAAUAUGGACCAUGUCAAAGAGUUUAUUAGGGUACAUGUAUUCUGUUUGGGAAUUUUCUGCCUUGGUCGGUGUGAGGCAAAGGAAUAGCACACCACUCGGUUUUGAUUAUUUUUUUUUUUGUAACUAUUUGAGAUGUACUGAUUGGAUUUAAGUAGCCUAUGUGAUGCCUAAGAGAACAUCUGCAGUGUUUGAUGAAGGUGACUGGAACUGCAACGAGCAGUGAGGAUGAUGCAGAAUAGAAGCACUGACUUUCAAAUGUGGCUCCCUCCAGUGGUAGUAGGAGAUAUUGGACUCAUUAUUUGAGUAUGGUUGGCAGCUUAAUGGAAUUUUACAAACACACACACAAACUAUUAUUAAGAACUAUGUGCUACGUUUAUAGAGCAUGACGACACUAAAGACGGAUGCCAGCCCCUAGAAAAGCAUUGAUUUGAUGUCUCUCAAAAGGAGUCACUUACAGUAUCUACAUCCUCCUCUAGUGGCCUCGACUUUAAAACAAGCUGUUAGUCCGCACUUGAAGAAGUGAACGCCAGAAAUGGCACUUUGUUGAACGUUUUUUUCAUUUCUGUAAGGAGUGACUCAUUUUACGGCAUUUCAAAUGCAUUAUCAAAAAACCCUGCAAAUGGUUAUCUUUUUUUAUUGAUGGUUUGAAGUAGAAGCCAGGGAAAAAUGUAGGCUAUCUUGAGGCCACUUUAAAUUGCGGCGUCUGCAUGAUUUCACAGCUAUUCAGCACUUGUACAUUUACAAGGAGGUAACAACACUCCUAUCAACAGAUAACACUUAGGUUUUACACUUGCAUUUAGUCUAAAAGGCCCCUCAAAUAAACACAUCGUACAUUCCCUGGCCACGAAUUGAGGAAAUUCUGCACAAUAUAAAUGUGAAUGUAAACUAUAUGUUUUCAGUAUCAGCAUCUAAAACACAGGCGUCAAACCCGAGGCCGAGGGGCCUUAUCUAAUCUCGCGACAUCAUUUUGUGUGGCCCGCGAAAGCAAAUCAUGUGCAACGACUUCAUGUUUCGUGCUCAACUGACCUCUCGCAAAAGCUCCGCCCCCUCCCCCCUUAGUUACGGUUGCUAAGCCGACAAGCUUUGUGACUCCCAACAGCAUAAGCCAUUGCAUGCAUAUGUAUACCGGAGUGUUUAAAGUUAUUAAUUUUGGAGCAAUACCCUUUAGCUCCAGAUCGCAGCUAAAGGGUUUACAAAAUGCAGUAUGCAAUAUUACGAUAUUUUUUCAUGUAGCAAGCUAUUGAAGCAAAAGCAUACAGGUUCAACACUUACAGUGGUAUGAAAACGUAUCGGAACCUUUUGGAAUUUCUCACAUUUCUGCAUGAAAUCACCAUCAAAUGUGAUCUAAUUUUUGUCAAAAUCACAUUGAUGAAAAAACAGUGUCAGCUUGAACUAAAACCACCCAAACAAUUAUAGGUUUUCAUAUUUUAGUAAGGAUAGUAUGGGGAAAAUAAGUAAGUGAACCAUCACAUUUAAUAUUUUGUGGCCCUACCUUUGGCAGUAAUAUAACUUCAACCAGACGCCUCCUGUAGCAGCAGAUCAGUCUGGCACAUCGAUCAGGACUGAACUUGGACCAUUCUUCUCUACAAAACCGCUGUAGUUCAGUCAGAUUCCUGGGAUGCCUGGCAUGAAUCGCUGUCUUUAGGUCAUUCCACAGCAAUGGGGUUCAAGUCUGGACUUUACUUGGCCACUCCAAAACGAUGUUAGUGAGCUUUCCUCCACACAUAAAGUUGUGUGUUACUCCCAAACAAUUCAACUUUGGUUCAUCAAUCCACACAAUAUUUUGCUAUAACUUCCGUGGAGUGUUCAAGUGCCUUUUUGUGAACAUUAAGCGAGCAAUAAUGUUUUUUUUUAGACAGCAGUGGCUUCCUCCAUUCUUGGCCAUAGUUUUACAUAUACAGUAGUUGAUGUGUGCACAGAGAUUAUCGGACUGUGCCAGUGAUUUCUGUAAGUCUUAAGCAGACAUUCUAUGGUUCUUUUUUUUUUUUUUUUUACCUCUAUUGAGUAUUCUGCGCUGAACUCUUGGCGUCAUCUUUGGCAACAGUGCCAAACUCUCUCCAUUUGUACACAACUUCUCUGACUGUCAAUUGAUAAACAUCCAGACUUUUAGAGACGGUUUUGUAUCCUUUCCCAGCUUUAUCAACAAUUUAAUCAACAAUCCUUGAUCGCAGGUCUUCAGACAGCUCUUUUGACCGCACUAUGAUGCACAUACGACAAUGCUUCUCAUCAAGACAAUUUUUGCCAGGUGUGUGUUAUAUAGUAGGCAGGGCAGCUUUAAACCACUCAUCACUGAUUGGGCACACACCUGACUUAAAUUGUUUGGUAAAAAUUGGCUUCAAUUGCUCUUUAAGUCUCCUUAGGCAGAGGAUUCACCUACUUAUUUGUUCCCCUUCUGCCAUUGUUUGCAUGCAAUCCUCAUUAAAAUAUGAUAAAUGUUUGGGUGGUUUUAAAUAACGCAGACAGUUUUUACAUCUGUGUGAUUUUGACAAAGAUCAGAUCACAUUUGAUGGAUAUAUUAUGCAGAAAUGUGAGAAAUCCCAAAAGGUUCAGAUACUUUUUCAUACCACCGUACAGCAAGCAAUGAGCUGGGAUACUAAGGUGUCGUUUCACCAAAUAUUAUAUGAAAAAACGAAAAAUUAAGUUCAAGGGGUUAAUUAAGGACAGUAUUAUAGCUUAAAAAGAUGAAUUGUUGCUUUAAUUUUAGUGCACUCACAGCACUGAGACAAGCAACUGUGAACGAAGACAUGAAGUUAACUGAUUUCCGCUAAUGAAACAGCUAUACUUAGACAUGAUAGCGAUGACAUCCUAGUAAGAUAUAACAUAUAAUAACUGUCACUGCAACUUCGAAAUCCAGUUUUAUUAAUUUACUCGCCUCUAUUAAAGCAAAUCAAGCAAGACAGCUCGCUAGUUAGCAGUGUCAUUAAUCUUACUUUAAAAACAGCAGUUAGUUACAGUAACAAAUUACUUCCCCCAAAAAGUAAUUGAGUUAAUCAGUUACCUCAUUGUAAGUCAUUAUUUACUCAGCAAAGUAACUGAUGUUACUUUUCAUGUUCUACACAUUAUACAUUUGAUAACAUCUUUCAUAUCAAAGAUGUUUAUAUUAAUUGAUUGAAGAGUAAGAACACCAUAUACAGUAUUUUAGAACAUUUGGCAUUCAUUUGGAUUAAAUGUAUUAGUAUGUUAAGAAAACACAAAUGUAAUUCUCUAACCAUUAACCAAUGCUAAUCUCUGACACCAUGUUAGGCCUACUGCACAAUAAACAGAACACUAUCCUUAAAUAUUCCGUAAAAUAACAGUAAUAAAAAUUAAAAAUAAUUCAAGUUUAAGAACGCUGCCAUUGAAAUUUCCUGGCCCAUCGCCAUUAUUGCUGUCUUGUUGUUUGCUAGAGCGUGCCGUGUAGUGAGACAGUGCGAGGAGGUGGGCAUGAUCCGCUCACCUAGCCAGUCGUGAUCACGUUUGCAACAGCGUCACUACACCCUUCCUCCCCCCACUCUUGUUUUUUCUUUAUUCUGUUCUUGCUUUAUUCAACCAAUUUGUAGUAACGUGCCCCUUCACAUCCUUAGUAUUGGUGGCAAAGACGUGAAAGGUAAUUCAUUAGAUUGCUCACUACUGAGAAAAAUAACGCCGUUAUGCUCUAACGCCGUUAUUACCAACACUGCUAGGAAGCCUCUAGCAUUAGUAGCUUAAUUUUAUCUUGAGAGAACACGUAUGUGUGCUUUAUCCUGGGGUACCUCAUGCCCAAUUUAGAUAUUCCAUAGGAUCAUUGAUUCACCAUUUUGGACAUCCGGAGCUUGUUGAUCCUUUUCGUCUUCUUCCAUAAAGAUUUAUGCCAAUCGAUGAGCUCAAAACCGCCUAAUGAAUCAAUUCGACAAUGGGGCAUCCAAUAGUUUGACGGCUCGCGCUCACUAAACGACGUUGCUAGAACAUGUGAUUGGUCAAUUGCUAUUUUGGGGGGCGGAGUUUGCUAAAGGUCAAUUGCCAAAAUGGUUCCUGCAGGUUUCAUCAAGUGAAAAUGAAGACUUUUUCAGACCACUUUGAAUAUAAUGCCAAUUCUAAGGCAAACAAAGCAGUAACUCUCAGAAUCCUGGAAAAGUUCUGACAUUAUUAUACAAUUUAAGAAAUUUAAGUCCUACCAGACAAAGUUCAUUGCCUUUUUAAGAUACUUGAUCAUGAUUAGUGAUUGAUGAAUUAGGACUUUUUAAGACCCCACAUGAACCCUGAAACCUUUUCACUAUUAAAAGCUUUAUCAGGCUUCUGAUUUCAAAACUAUGUAUAAGUCAUUUAUGUUGUGUAUGUAAUAGUAUGAGGCGAUCACACAUUUAUAUGAAUUCACAGUGAUGAUAGCCUUCUGAGGGAAGCCAUAACUAGAUACAAUGUGGCCUGCAAGAAAAGUGGGUUUGACGCUUCUGAUCUAAACCAUUAAUGUGUCUAAUUGGUUUACACCCGUUUUUAAUCAUCUCAGCUUACAUCGUCAUUGGCAUCAAUGGGCUGCUACUUUUGAACUGUUGACCAAGCACAAUCAAAUUGUUUUGUGUGUGUUUGCUAAAGGUACUCUCGAGAAUUUUGGCACUUUGUAAAGGAUUAACCACACAUGUCAUUCCUGUAAUCUUUACAUAGUAAAUGAAGAGAAUAGCAAUCAUAUAUCAAUAUUGUCUAAAUAAAUAAAUAAAUAAAAUAAACACAAAAAAAAUUACAUGAAAUAAAAUAAAUCAGCGAACUAGUAGACUUCCUGCAAUGAUGUAAUGCACUUAAAAACAAUUGCCGGAAUUGUGCUGAGUCUGUGUUGUUGAUUUUGUACUAGAAACUUGAUUCUAGCACAUCAAUGAAGCUUGUUCUACAAUGCACAUGGCGUUCUCUCUAGAUGAGAUUGUUUAUGCUUUGUGGUCUUGAUCAUCCAUCUCGCCAGGAUGAAUAAUAAACAGGUAGGUUUGAUUGAUUGCAUAUAUGCUGUUAAAAUGAUGACUUGUACAAAUAACAAUGUACGAUAGAAACAGGAUAUAAUAUCAUCUCAAGUCUGUAGAGUUUUUGUAACUCUUAUCCUUGCACAAACAUUAAUUAAAGAAUAA